AUGAUUCAAAUUCUUUUCAUUUCCCUUCUAUUUCACUUAUGUCAAAGUAAUAAUAACCCUCCAGUUAUUAUCGAAGAACCUCAAGAUAUAAUCGCCGAAUUAGAUAAACCAAUGGCUAUACAUUGUCGUGCAGAAUUAUCACCAUUAGAUGAUCUUCAAAUCGAUUGGUAUAAAGACGGUCUAUUGGUAACAACUGAUCCUAAUGCACGUAUUAUAACAGAAUUUAUGGCAUUACAUGUUAUCAAUACAAUGCCACAAGAUGCAGGUGUAUAUUAUUGUAUAGCAAAAAAUUCUCAUGGUCAAACACAAAGUCGAAAAGCACGAAUACAAUUUUUAAAACUUGAUAAAGAAUUUAUUAUUUCACCAAUAUCAACAAGUGCUUCACUUGGUGAACGUAUUCAUUUAUCUUGUCAACCACCUUAUGGUUCACCAACUCCAAAAGUUUAUUGGACAAAAGAUGAAAAAAAUUUAUCAUUACCUCUUGAUAAUUAUGAUCUGAUUUUACCAUCAAUUCAAAUAUCUGAUUUUGGUUCUUAUCGUUGUAUUGCAUCAAAUGGUCUUAUUCGUCAAUCAUCUGUAGCUAAUAUAACUGAAUUUCAUCAACCAAAAAUAACUAUUCAACCAUCAUCAUCACGAAUUGAUGUACGUCUUGGACAAGCUAUUAAUUUACAAUGUGAAAUUGAUAAUAAACAAUAUACUAUUGAAUGGCAUUUUCAAAAUAAAAUUAUUCGUAAUAAUACUAUUGAUAUAUUAUCAAUUGAAUUUAAUCAAAGUGGUAUAUAUACAUGUAUUGGUCGUUAUGAAAAAUAUACAUUCAAUAAACAAAUAUUACUUGCUGUAUAUGAACAUGAAAUUAUCAAUAAUGAAGAAAUAUUUUAUAGUGAAUCAAAUUUAACAGUUUUUGCUGGACGAUCAGCAAUUAUUGAAUGUCAAUUACCAUUUAAUUCUGAUAAUGAAAUAACUUGGAUGAUUACAAAUCAUACUGAAAUAAAUAAUGUGACGUUUGAUUUUCUUGAUAAAAAUCAAUAUCGUUUUAAAAUUUAUCCUGUUAAAAAUUAUCAUAAUAAUAUUUUAUUUAAAUGUUCUUAUGAAAAUAAGCUAAAACAAAGUCAAGGUUUAAUUCAAUUAAAUGUUGAAAAAGUUCUACCACCACCUAUUGUUUCUUAUAUACCAAAUAAUCAAACAGUAUCAAUUGGUGUUCAAGUUAUUCUUUCAUGUGAAUCAAAUAAUGAAGAUAAUAUUCAAUGGUCAUUCACACCUUAUAAUCGUCCAUAUAAAACAAUUAAAGUUAUAAAUAAUCGAAAAUAUCGAAUUGAAAAAAAUCAUGAUUUAAUUAUUCGACAUCCGGAAAAAAAUGAUGCAGGUAUAUACAAAUGUAUAUUAACUAAUAAUAAUAAUGAUAAAACAACAUGGAUUGGUCAUUUACAAAUUGAAGAUAAUCGUUUUAAUGCAAAAAUUCAUCGUGUUGAACGUAAAGAUCUUCCACAAGCACCAUCACAGCCAUUAGCUAUUACUAUAAAUAGUAAUUCAAUUAAAUUAGCAUGGAAUAGUCAAUCAAUAGAUAUUCUUGAUUAUCUUAUUGAAUAUUAUGAUCUUAAUCCAGACAAUAAAAAUCUUGAAUGGAAAUAUUUCUCAACAAAAAAUCGUACAUCUCAGCAGAUUAUAAAUAAUUUACAAUCAAAUGCAAUCUAUCAAUUUAUGAUUCGUGCAAGAAAUUCAUAUGGUUAUGGUCCACCUUCAAUAUUAUCCGAAUUAAUCGAAAUAAAAACUAAUCAACAAUCAACUAAUGAAUUAAUCUAUUUAUAUGAUCCAAUAAUGAUUCAAGGAACAAGUAUUACAAUUAAAUGGAAUAUUUUACAAAAAAAUCACUUAAUUAAACAAUUCUCAAUUUACAUAAUCAAUGAAAAAG